AGCCUCCCCAUCAGUAGUGGUACUAUACAUCUUACAAUCUAAGCACAAGGUACUUUGUUGCUCUACUCGUCAAAGCUUUCAAUGGUUCUCACCCCUCUCGUAUCUCCUACAGACUCGUAUCUAUCACAGUCUUCACCUCUAUCUCGUCCAGCUCGCACGCCCACCAGCUCCCGUCCCUCCCUCGACGUUCAUCCCCCACCUCUUCGUAAGACUUCCACCAGUAGCUUGUCAAAACUAUCCGACUUUCAUCUCGACUCCCCAGCAUCGGAUGACAGUGGUGAUGCCUUCUCCUCUGAAGCCCUGUCUUAUCAGCGGGUCGAAGGUGUGCGUCAUGUCUCACUUAGCCUCAAGGCGAGCGGCUGGCGCAGGCCAGACUUCAAGACUGAGAUCUUGACCAUUCUGCGAGGCUUGCAUGUACCACUGUGGACGUCAUCAAUUCUGACUCCGUCCUCAAUCCAUCUCCAGAAGAUUUCCGGAGCUCUCACCAAUGCCGUAUUCUUCGUGUCCUUCAAUCCGGCACCGACGCCGACCUCUCCCUCUAUGUCGCCGAUGUUGACUCCGUCCAUGCCACCGGUAGAUCCUUCACAUCCAACUCCAUUGCAGCCUGAUCAGUACCCGCCAACUCUGCUCCUUCGUAUUUAUGGACCUAGCACCGACGUACUCAUAUCAAGAACAGACGAGCUUCGGAUCCUACAUGUUCUCAGCACGGUCUACAGUCUCGGCCCUAGAAUUUACGGAACCUUUACCAACGGUCGUGUGGAGCAAUUCUUCCCAUCUCGAGCUUUGACACUUAAGGAGGUACAUGACCCGGUCAUCUCUCGCGGCAUCGCUCGGCGUAUGCGUGAACUGCAUUCAGUGGAUUUGCACUUGCUUGGCUAUGGACAAGGUCGUGAGGGUAUUCCCAUGGUCUGGUCAUGCUUGGAACAAUGGCUUGGUCCCGCUCAGUCCGUACUUAUGACCUUGGCAAAGAAGGAUGCAGUUUGGUCCCGGUGGGUGGAAGAGUUUGAUCUCCCUCGUGCAAAGGUCGAACUGGAGCAAUAUCGACAAAGGUUACUCCAGGAAGGUUCAAGUCUGGUCUUCUCUCAUAAUGACGCCCACUGUGGCAACUUACUUCGCCUUGACGUGGUCCCUCCCAACCUACCUGACCACCAUCGCUAUGUGGUGAUCGAUUUCGAGUAUGCCGCACCAAACCCUCGUGGGUACGACAUUGGUAACUACUUUCACGAGUGGUGCGCCGUGCACCAUCAUCACGCGAUGACUCCAUCCGCCCAACCCCGCCUUCCCUAUCCCAACGCUUCUGAUCGUGAGAACUUUUACCGGGCGUACCUAUCCCUAGACAUGAACGCAAGCAGCGGAGAUGAGGUCCUCGGACGGAGAGGUGAUGUGAGCGCCACCAGAGUGCAGGCUCUCGAGCGCGAGGUGCUCAUGUGGAGUCCGGCAUGCAGUGUCUUCUGGUCUGUAUGGGCCAUAGUGCAGGCGGAAGGACAAGUCAACGCACUUAUCGAAGGGCGAGAGGAAGAAGUGGAUUACAACUACUUGUCGUAUGCAAAAGAGCGGAUGGGCAUGUUCCGGCAAGAAACGAGAGCUCUGGGAAUCCUUGCAUGACCGCGGCUUUGGCAAUGAGGUGACCCAUUCCUCAAUGCACCCGUCGAGCGGCACCUCUCGCACCUGCGCCGCUUUGUAAGACGUCGAUAGCAUGCUCUCGCCACGGAGGAUCACUUUGGUCAGUAGACUGAACGGGAGACAAGAUUCAUGAAAAGUCCAGUUGCCGGCCCGCGACGUAUAUAAUUUGAAGAGAUCUCUUGAAUGUAUAUAAUCAUAGAGCC